GGCAGGCUACAGCCCCCCUGCCUCGCGGCGUCACUCCCGCGCCGCUCGGCGCGUGUCGGGGUAUCUUCGCUUGCGAGAGUCGCUUCAUCAUGAGAAAUCUAAAGUUAUUUCGGAGUUUGGAGUUCAGGGAUAUUCAGGCUCCAAGGAAACCUCAGUGCUUCUCUCUCCGAACUGAACAAGACACAGUGCUCCUUGGCUCAGAACAUGGACUGAUAGAAGUAGACACUGUCACAAGAGAGGUGAAAAAUGACACUCCUUUGGUGGCAGAAGUCUUUCUCCCAGAGGAUGGAAGUGGCUGCACUGUUGGUAUUCAGGAGUUGCUGGAUCAUGAGUCUGUGUGUGUGGCCACAGCCUCUGGAGAUGUCCUACUUUGCAAUCUCAACACACACCAGCUGGAAUGUGUCGGGAGUGUAGCCAGUGGUAUCUCUGUCAUGAGUUGGAGUCCUGACCAAGAACUGGUGCUUCUUGCCACAGGUCAACAGACCCUAAUUAUGGUGACAAAAGAGUUUGAACCAAUCAUGGAACAGCAAAUCCACCAGGAUGAUUUUGGUGAAAACAAGUUCAUCACUGUUGGCUGGGGCAGGAAGGAGACGCAGUUCCAUGGAUCAGAAGGCAGGCAAGCCGCCUUUCAGCUGCAAAUGCACGAGUCUGCUUUGCCCUGGGAUGACCAUAGACCACAAGUUACCUGGCGUGGUGAUGGAGAGUUUUUUGCUAUAGUCGUUUGCCCAGAGACAGGGGCUCGAAAGUUCAGAGUGUGAGGCCGGGAGUUUGCUUUACAGUCAGCCAGUGAGCCUGUGGCAGGAGUGGGACCUGCUCUGGCUCGGAAGCCCUCAGGCAGUUUGAUUGCAUCUAUGCAAGAUAAACCCAAUCAGCAGGAUGUUGUGUUUUUUGAGAAAAAUGGACUUCUCCAUGGACAUUUUACACUUCCUUUCCUCAAAGAUGAGGUUAAGGUUAAUGACCUUCUCUGGAAUGCAGAUUCCACCGUGCUUGCAGUAUGGCUGGAAGACCUUCAGAGGGAAGAAAAUUCCACUCUAAAAACCUAUGUUCAGCUCUGGACUGUUGGAAACUAUCACUGGUAUCUCAAGCAAAGCCUGCCCUUUGGCACCUGUGGGAAGAGCGAGAUUGUGUCCCUGAUGUGGGGCCCAGUGACCCCAUACCGGCUGUAUGUUCUCUGUCAAGGCUGGCAUUACCUCUGCUAUGACUGGCACUGGACGACUGACCGGAGCUCAGGAGAUAAUUUAAGUGACAUGGCAAAUGUGGCUGUUGUUGAUGGAAACAGGAUAUUGGUGACAGUCUUCUGGCAGAGUGUGGUUCCACCUCCCAUGUGCACCUACCGACUGCUGCUCCCACACCCUGUAGCUCAAAUCAUGUUCUCCACACACCCUAAAAAGAGUAACGACCUCACUGUCCUAAAUGCCAGUAACCAGAUUUUUGUUUAUAAAUGUGGUGAUAGUCCAAGUGUAGACUCUACGGUGAAACUGGGAGCUGUGGGUGGAAAUGGAUUUAACAUUUCUCUUAGAACACUUCAUCAGGACAAGAGAUACACAAUUCAGUUUGAGAAGAGUGAAGAUGAAGAAGUAAACCAACUGAAGCUCAGCCUUCUCACCUGGGUUCAGGAAGACGUUUUCCUGGCUGUGAGCCACAGUCAGUCCACCCCAAGCUCUGUCAUUCACCAUCCGACUGUGGCCCCUUCUGAGAUGGAUAACAAGCAGGGACAGCUCAAUAUUAGUUCAUCUGUGACAGUGGAUGGGGUCAUAAUCCGUCUGUGCUGCAACUCCAAGACCAAGUCAGUAGCACUGCAGGUGGCUGGUGGUCAGAUAAUUAAGUACCUUUGGGAAUCACCCUCUCUGGCUGUUGAACCAUGGAAGAACCCUGGUGAAUUUCUUGUUCGAUUUCCUUAUCUGUGCGCACAGACCGAAUUGGCCAUGAUUGGAGGAGAGGAAUGUGUCCUUGGCCUGACUGACAGAUGUCGCUUUUUCAUCAGUGACACUGAGGUUGCUUCAAAUAUCACAUCAUUUGCAGUAUAUGGUGAGUUUUUAUUGUUAACGACUCAUUCCCAUACUUAACACUGUUUUUGCCUGAGAGAUGCUUCAUUGAAAACUACCCAAUCCUCCCUAGUGGCUUGUCCUGUGUCUAAUGGGGAAUCUCUGCGGAAGGUGGAGAGGGGUUCAUGCAUUGUCACUGUUGUGCCCCAGGACACAAAGCUUAUAUUACAGAUGCCAAGGGGAAACUUAGAAGUUAUUCAUCAUCGAGCCCUGAUUUUAGCUCAAAUUCAGAAGUGGUUGGGCAAGCAGAAGACACAAGGCUUUCAGCAGACUUAUAAAAAGGCCUGUGACUCAAAAAUGCCUGAGCCACUGUUGUGA